AUGGUGUUCGCAAAUCUAACUUACGAAGCCUUUUUCUCCCUUCUCGAUGAAUAUUUUGCAUCCCGUCCUCAUCUCGCUCCAUCCUCAUCCAGCGGUCCAACAAUAGCCAGUCUAACAAAGCUCAUCCCGCCUUCCCGAUCUGCCAAUCCACCUACACCCUCAUCACCCAAUUAUCCAUCUUCAUCUCCAGCCAUACAGUCUGGUGGGGUGGGAUCGACCGAGGAGAAACCAGAUAUGGCUCAAAGAUUCAUAUCUUCUUCAAUCAAAUUAGGAACGAAGGGGACUAAAACUGGUAUAGGAGCUAUAUCGAAGAAUAAAGAUGCGAUGGACUUGUUGGGUAAAGUCGGUGCGGCGGGGAUGGUCAAAGGUGCGAAUAAUAGAUUGAACUCCCCUCCACCUGUCGAGGGAGGAGCGACGAUAGAGGAAGUUACGGUGGUCGAAGAACGGAAGGUCAAGACGCCUGCUCCCCCGCCUAGUAAGAAAGGUGGUGUAGCGGGGUUGGUAUCAGGAAGGUCAUUCGGUCAUGUAGACACAUCCAGCAAGAUGUCAGCGUUUACCAGCAUGUGGAAAGAUCCUCAUAAGGCCCAGCAACCGACCGUCGAUCAACACGUCCCUCCCGCCCUGACCAACAAGCGCACAUCGAUGCCUCCGCCUAUAAGACGUGAUGGCUCGGGCUCAUCAGCUGAUCUUAGAUCACCUCAUGAAGAGAAAUUGGCUCAAGCUCAGGCUCAGGCGUUGUACGAUUAUGCAGGCUCGGAUACAACAGAUCUCAAUGUCCAGGCGAACCAGAUUGUUAAUCUAAUCGAAAAGACCUCGGAGGACUGGUGGACAUGUGAAGAUGGGAAUGGGACGAGAGGUCUCGUACCAGCAACGUAUCUCAAGGAAUUGUAA